CCCAUCCUCCUUCAAUCUUUAAUACUUAGACACUUCAUACCAAUAGAGAAAACAGAAAGCGCUAUUUGUAGUAGUAGUAGUAAAAGAAGACUAGCAUAUAUUCCCUGGAGAACCAACAGAAGAAGAAGAUGUUGUUAGGGAAGAGACCUCGUCCUCCAAUUAAGAGAACCACAAGCAUGUCAGAGAUAACCUUCGAUCUGAACACAACCACUGAUGAUGAUUCCAACAAUCCCUUGAACCGGCAGGGAACAGGAGGAGUUGUGGUUGGUUCACCUGGUGGGUUAAAUGGUUUAGAUCAGAACAGGAUUUUGGCCACAGUUUCACCCAGAAACCAUAGAAGGCAUUCCGCUGAUCUGACACAAACCCCUGACUUCUUGCGUGCUUGCUUUCUCUGCAAACGUUGUUUGGUACCUGGCCGUGACAUCUACAUGUACAGUCUAGAAUGCCGUCAACAGCAGAUGAAGCAGGAUGAGAGAAAGGCUAAGUGUUGUGUGGCAUCAAAGAAACAAGUUGUGGCUCCGCCUUCUGGAUCUCAAGUCACCACCAAAGGCGAAACCGUGGUUGCUUUGUAGUCUUAACAUCCCAUCAAGGAUUGAUGUAUUAUAAAUUAUUCCUAUUGUCUAGCUAUGCCCAUGCCAGUGCCCUUUCGUACCUUAGUCAUCAAAUAUGUUUAUAUAUCUUCCUCUCUCGCUCUCUCUCUUUCUGUGAUCUUUUUUUCCUUUUGUUCUUGCUUUGUAAUUUUCAUCAUGUCCCUUUUUUGGAGAGUGGUGCUUUGCUUGUAAAUGGGCAUCAUGGACAAGUACUUUUCAAGUACGCUGUUGCAAUUUCCAUGGGAUUUUGAAUGGGAAUACAUAAAAAGAGAAACAAAAAAAUGUAUUAGUAAUGGGGAAAAUUGCAUUCACGUACUUACUCUUUCACAUCGUAUUGUGUCUCGAUGGUGGACUUGUUCAUUGUUUGUAAACCCCGUAUAUGACGUGGGACUUGGAAAUUUGAGGAUGGUGAUGUUAUUUGGAAGUUUUAUGGCGUCACUACUCCAUUAUUCUCCAUCCCCUUUUCUCCCGGGAUAAGAUGUUAAAAACGAAAUAUAUUUAAUGGA